UUGUGUGCAGCAUGCACCUCGGAAACAUGGCGGAUUUUGGUUCUCCAGGAACUCCGAGUCGACAUGAAAAAUCUCUUGGUUUACUAACUACAAAAUUCGUGAGUUUGUUACAAGAGGCGAAAGACGGCGUCUUAGACCUUAAAGUCGCUGCUGAUACUCUUGCUGUUCGACAAAAGCGACGGAUAUACGAUAUAACUAAUGUGCUCGAAGGAAUAGGAUUGAUCGAGAAGAAAUCAAAGAACAGUAUACAAUGGAAGGGAGCUGGACCUGGAUGUAACACAAGAGAAAUAUCUGAUAAACUAGUAGAUCUUAAACAAGAACUAGAGGACCUUGAAGACAAGGAAAAAGAGCUUGAUGAACAAAGAUUAUGGGUACAACAAAGCCUGAAAAACAUAUCAGAAGACAAUGAGAAUGAAAAGCUUGCCUUUGUUACAUAUGAUGAUGUAUGUCAGUCGUUUACUGGUGAUACUUUACUAGCCAUACAAGCACCGUCAGGAACUCAAUUAGAAGUACCUAUCCCUGAAAAGCAUCCUGGAAUGCCCAAAAAGUAUCAGAUUCAUCUGAAAAGUCAAAAUGGUCCAAUACAUGUAUUACUGGUAAACAAAGAUGCAUCGGCAGAAAGUCCUGUAGUGACGCCUGUUCCUCCCCCUAUACUGGAAUCCAAUGGUACUAAUCUGCAGCUCAAGCAGGACCCUAUGGAGAUAGACUCACAGUCCUCUGAUACAGUCAGUCAAAAUGCUAGUGCAGGCACUAGUGAGACUGUAAAAACUGAAGUUAUGGAGACGAGCCAAGCAAAAGAACUCAAAGAAGUUGCUAAUGACAUUAUCUUUGGAAAUGGAAAAGAGCCAGGCAAUAUUGCAGAUGAAGUUAUAGAUGAACUUAUGUCGGCUGAAGUCUAUGCUCCAUUACUGCGACUGUCACCGCCACCAGGAGAUCAUGAUUAUUACUUCAACUUGGAUGAUAACGAGGGUGUAUGUGAUCUAUUUGACAUACCAAACCUAGAUAUGAACUUACCUUUAGAAGGAGCUUCAGCAUCCUGAAUAUGAGACAGAGCUAGCCUAGUACUACAAAACAGAGUGAUAUGUACGUUUGAAGUCAGUUUAAUUCCCAAAAUACAGUAUGAGUGAAGAGUAACACUUACCAUGCAGACUCUAACCAGCACUUAAAAAUAAUUAUUUCUGGUCUUUGGACAAUGGCUGUGGUUCCACUAGAGCUUUACAACAUUGUUACAGCGCCGUUUUUAGGACAAAACUUUACAAAGGUAACUUUAAGUAAGAUGAGAUUUAUUUUGCGGAUCCACCAAUUGAGUGCUGAAAUCCUGUCUUAUGGGCUGUGAUUGGUUCUCUUCAAUUAGUUAUUAGAUUAAUUUCAGAUAAACCAUGUUGUAAUCUAAGCUUUGAAAAUGCUGAAUAUCCAUGGCAACAGACAACAACACAAACUCAUGGAUUUCACCCUGUUCCAUUAAGAACACCUUGACAACAUUGUAACAGUGUUGUUAACUACGCUAAUGGAACCACAGUCAAUGUCCAGUCAGAAUAGACCUCUUUGGCUUUGAUGUAAUGUUUUCCCAUUUCA